GCGCUAGAGCUUAAAUAAGUCAGUUGAAUUAAAUUUAAUUGGAAAUAUAACAAGCUGUGGGUGGCAAACAACCAACAAAAUGGCUUUAAUAGGUGACGAGAAGGUGGAGGGCGUUGAAAGUAUAUUGAAUCUCACACAAGCCGAUGAAAUUGCCGCUUGUGUUGAAAAGAAACUGUUGCAGUUGCGCGCCGAAAAUGAUGAACGGGCAGCGAAAGUGGCCGACAUGAAAAAGCAGAUGGAGAUGCUGCUGGCCGAAAAGUACGCCGCGAUGAGCUCCGUUUGUCACGCCAUGAAAGUCCCGAACGUGGUGGCCAAUAUCGGGGAUCUUUUUGCCAGGAAUGCGGUUUUCCUGAACACGCUCAACCAUCUGGUCAUCCAGAAGGGCGGAGUGGGUCAGGCCUAUGCGAACCACUGCAAGAAUGUCAUCCAGACCAAGAAGGCCCUGAAGCAGCAGAGUCCGCUCGACGAAGUCUCCAUGAUGCCUCACCAUGAACUGAAGAAGCAAAUCGAAACUCUAAAGAUAGAGGUGCUGAAGAUAAAAUCAAAGUCGUCUUUGAUCUCUGAGAAGCUUAACAAAAAACGGAAGUUAUUCAAUGACACACAAAAGUCCGUGGUUAAAGAUAUCCGUAGUCUGUACCACAUUGAACGGGAAGCCAUCGAAAUCCUCGACGAUUUGAAAUCAGAAAUGAUCAUAUCUCGACGCUCCGCUUAAUGAAAGUUUUAGGGAUAGGUAAAUUAAUAUUGGCUCAAGACUUUGAAGUUCUUAAAAUUAAAAAAAAAAAAAAUGGUUUAUACGAAGCCUUUCAACGUAAAGAUAAUAAAUAAUCAUAAAACUAACCGCAAUUAAAUAUUGAACAAAACAAAACCCUUUUAGCAUAUAAAAAGCAUCGAUUUCGAAACUAAAUUAACUCCAUUUCGA